AUGCCGGCCGCGCGGCGGCACGGCGCGGGCAGCUACGCGGACAUGGAGCCCCCGCGCGAGUGGGAGAGCCCGGGCCACGGGCGCGCCGCGAGACGGGGGCCCGACAGCAUCGAGGGGCCCGCGUCGAAGGAGGCGAGGGCGAAGCCGAACGGCCUGGCCCACAAGUUCUUCUUCGGCCUGGUGGCUCUCCUGCUCCUGAUGUGUUUCUUUUCGUCGUCCGUCCCGAGCUGGGCCUGGCCCGACCUCCAUCUCGGCGGCGGCGGCGGCGCGAGGGUCUCCAGCGGCGGCGAGAGCCAGGCGAGCGCCGCGGGGGAGGCCGCGGGCGGCGACGCCGCCCGGCCCGCCGAGGGGCGCCCGCGCGGCGGCGAGGGCGAGGGCGGGGCGGCGAAGGAGGAGGAGGAGGAGGACAAAGACGGUGAUGCCGACGACGAGGAGAUACGCAUCCGGAUGGUCGACGACCAGUCCGAGCCCGGUGCGCCAAAGAGCGAAAGGGCGGGCGGCAGCGAUGGCCGGAUGCCGCGUGCCGAGGCGAGGCCGCGGGAGAUCCACUCGGAGCCUCCGGCCGCGGACGGCCGCCCACAGGCCGAGCCGCGACAGGCCGCCGAGCCGGCCGAGCCGGCCGGAGCCGCGCCCGCCGACGCGGGCGCCAGCGCGGUGGGGUCGAUCCACGCGGAAGGCGACGCUGCGGCGAGCUCGGUCAAGGCUGGCACCGUCUCCGGCGUGGAGGAGGUGCCUACGCGGCGGCCCGAGGCCGGCGCUGCCUCGGGCGUGGAGGAGCUGCCCACGCGGCGGCCCGAGGCUGGCGCUGCCUCGGGUGUGGAGGAGCUGCCCACGCGGCGGCCCGAGGCCGAGGCCGGCGCCAUCUCCGGCGCGGUCCACGCGGAGGAGCUGCCCACGCGGCGGCCCGAGGCUGGCGCCAUCUCCGGCGCGGUCCACGUGGAGGAGCUGCCCACGCGGCGGCCCGAGGCCGGCGCCGCCCCUGGCGUGGAGGAGCUGCCCACGCGGCGGCCCGAGGCCGAGGCUGGCGGCAUCUCCGGCGCGGUCCACGUGGAGGAGCUGCCCACGCGGCGGCCCGAGGCCGGCGCCGCCCCUGGCGUGGAGGAGCUGCCCACGCGGCGGCCCGAGGCCGAGGCUGGCGGCAUCUCCGGCGCGGUCCACGUGGAGGAGCUGCCCACGCGGCGGCCCGAGGCCGGCGCCGCCCCUGGCGUGGAGGAGCUGCCCACGCGGCGGCCCGAGGCCGAGGCUGGCGGCAUCUCCGGCGCGGUCCACGUGGAGGAGCUGCCCACGCGGCGGCCCGAGGCCGGCGCCGCCCCUGGCGUGGAGGAGCUGCCCACGCGGCAGCCCGAGGCCGAGGCUGGCGGCAUCUCCGGCGCGGUCCACGUGGAGGAGCUGCCCACGCGGCGGCCCGAGGCCGGCGCCGCCCCUGGCGUGGAGGAGCUGCCCACGCGGCGGCCCGAGGCCGAGGCGGGCGACAUCUCCGGCGUGGUCCACGCGGAGGAGCUGCCCACGCGGCGGCCCGAGGCCGGCGCCGUCUCCGGAGUGGAGCUGCCCACGCGGCGGGCCGAGGCUGGUGCUGGCCCUGGCGUGGAGGAGCUGCCCACACGACGACCCGAGGUCGGCGCCGUCUCCGGCGCGGAGGAGUCGCUUGCGCGGCCAGCCGAGGUUGGCACCGUCUCUAGCGUGGAGGAGCUGCCCGCGCGGCGGGAGGCCGGCACCGUGUCCAGCGUGGAGGAGCUGCCCACGCGGCGGGAGGCCGGCACCGUCGCCAGCGCGGAGGAGCUGCCCACGCACCGGGAGGCCGGCACCGUCUCCGUCGCGGAGGAGCUGCCAGCGCCGCGGCCCGAGCCGAUGCCCUUCGGCGUGGGCUCGGUGGAGGAGCUGCCCACGCGGCGGCCCGAGGCCGAGGCCCCCGCCGGCGCAGCGGCUGCGGCCCUCACCGCGGAGGUUGGCGCGGUGCACUCCGGCGGGACACCCCGCGUCACCGGUGGCGCGCGGGAUCAGCCGCGGGCUGGCGAGGAUGCCAGCGCCGCCGGCGUAGGCUCCAACCGCGGCACGGGACCGCUGCUCGCCAGCAGCAGGCCAGAGGGCACGGUCGGCUCGGUGCACGCCGCUGGAGGCCCGCCCGCGGAAAGCAGCAGCCUGGCGCAGGCGCAGGAGGCGGAGUUGGCCAGGCUGAAGGCGGAGGUGGCCAGGCUGACAGCCAAGGAGGCGUGCUCGCACUGCUUUCACGAGGAGAAGCUUGCGGGCUGCACCUACAGCGAGACCCAUGCGGCCUGCACCACUCCGGACGAGGCGUUCUUCUGCCGGGACGCGCGCGGGAACGCCCAGGUCCAGUCGUGCUCGCAGGUCCCUGCCGCCGCCUCCACGGGCACCGCCGCGGAACUUGCGAGCCGCGCGAGCCAGGCCAGCGAGGCCGAGCCCGGCGUGGGCGCCAUCCGCCCCCAGGGGCAGGCCGCCACCGGCUCGGCCGAGAGCACCGCUGCCACAGCUGCGGACCCCGCCGCCGCCCCUGGCCCUGGCGGCGCCGCCGUGGAGCCUGCGCACGCGAGCCCCGCCAGCGCGGCCGAGGCGCCGCGCGUGGGCGCCGUCCACUCCGAGGGGCAGGCCGCCCACGGCUCGGCUGCGGGCGCUGCCGGCACUGCGGCCGAGCCUGAGGCCCGCGCCGCCGCCUUCGACGGCGCCGUUGCGGAGCCUGCGCCCGCGAGCCUGGCCAGCGAGGCGGGUGAGGCCGCCUCUGGAGCGGCAGCUGCCGGAUCCCAGGACGGCUACGACCCCUCGGGCGGCCCUGCGGAGCUUGUCGGCAGCGUGGAGGCGAUGGGCGCUGUGCACGCGGAGGAGCCAACGAGCGUGUUUGCUGGCGCAUGUUCCGCCAAAGCGGAGAGGUGUAUCGGUGGCGCAGGGGCGGUCGCAGCGAUCGAAUGGAGCGAUUUGCACAACGUUAUCGACGAACGUGGAGGCCUUGAUGUUGGUGGUCCGCGCUCUUCGCCCCAGCUGUGGCAAACGCAUCACAGCUUCACGCUUCCGACGCAAUCUUUCAUCAUCGACCGCAAAUUUGCCUACAACGGAUUGAAGCCAGAGCGAAGAGACAUGGUGCUGCGUCCCCGCCGAAGCCGCCCGCUCGCCUGA